UGAUGACGAUGAUGAUGAAGUUACUGUAUUGGUAGUAUUAUUAUCAGUAUUAAUGGUUACUAAUGAUUCACGACGAUCGGGAAUUGGUGGUAAAGGUAUCGAAGGUGGUGGCAUAUUUAAAAGAGAUGAA